CAAACUGCCACCGGCACACUGAAGUUAUAAAGCAAGAGGCUUGUGCCUUGCGCGGGAGAAGUCUUUCUUCAUUGAGCGUUUGCGUACGAACUAUACACAUGUGGCGAUGGUCUUGUUGUUGGACCUUACGCCUGUCGUCGCGCCUUUAUCCACACUGGCCACAUCGCACGCGCUGGCCCUGACGGCAGUGUUACUUGUUGUAAUAUGGUUUUUCAAGAAGUGGUGCCUGCCUUGGCUUCGAACGUGGCUGGCGCUAAGGUCAGUGCCGGGACCCUGGGAUUGGAUACCGUUCUGGUUCCUGGCCUGUGUGUUAUGGGGAAAUAGGAGACGGCUUGACAAAGAGAAUUUCACAGCAGUUUCGUUCAGAGCCAUUACUGAGUUGUCUAAGGUGCACGAAGGCAAGACGUUCAAGGUGUACCUGGGCAUCACUCCUAUCGUGGGAAUACACUCGCCCGAUGCUGUGCAGGCUGUUCUCACGGGCAAGUUGAAGUCUGACAAGCCCUUUUUCUACAAGUUCCUAAAGCCGUGGCUUGGCCAUAGGAGCCUCUUGAUGAUUGGCGGUGAUCCAUGGAGGUCCAAACGCAAGCUGUUUAUGCAAGCUUUCCAAGCAAAUGCCAUGGAAAACUACUGCGACUUCAUCGGGAAGAACGCCGACUGCCUGGUGGCACGGAUAGAGAAGAUGCUGAAGCAGGCGCCUGACGAGCCCAUACAAUGCCUCGACAACGUGCAAAAGUGCGCCUUGGACAUUAUUGGACGUGUUGUCCUUGGGGUAGACUUGGGUGUUCAGGGAGAGAAGCACGGAAACUACGGCACCUACUUUCAUUUGCUUACACUGUUGGUGAGCAUGAGAAUUUUUCAACCUUGGACUUGGCUGGAUGAGAUUUACUUCUUGACGAACAGCGGCCAGCUAUUUCGGGAAACCCUGCGAAAGAUAGAAGACAUCGUAUACGGCGUAAUGAACAGACGGAAGGACGAAUUGCAGAAGCUCUCAAAUCAUACCGCCGACAGCCAAGCUCUUGAAAAGAAUCGAGACGGCAGCGGCUCGUUGUUCAUGGACAGCCUCCUGCUUGCACACUUGAAGGCACCUUCUUCCUAUACGCUGGACGACGUUAGAAAAGAUGCGGACUUCAUGAUGUUCGCAGGCAGUGAUUCCAGCUCGUGUGCGAUCAGCUGGACCAUAUAUCUUCUGGGGCUGCAUCCGGACAUACAAAGGAAGGUGCAGGAAGAAUUGGACGUCGUUUUCGGAGACCGUGAAAACGCGGAAUGCACACAGGAAGACCUGAAAAGUCUACAGUACAUGGAGUGCUGCGUGAAGGAGACGCUGCGCCUGUGUCCGCCUUUCCCAUACAUCGGAAAAAUCCUUGACCAAGACUUGUCAUUCGAUGGGUGCAUCUUGCCGAAAGGUCUUUCGUGCUUUAUCAACUUGUUCAGCCUGCACCGAAAUCCAAACGAAUUUGAUAGACCAGAAGAGUACGUACCGGAGAGGUUCCUGUCGGACGAGAAUACCCAUCGCCACCCCUUCAGCUACGUUCCCUUCUCUGCAGGGCCAAAGAAUUGCUUAGGUCAAAAGUUCGUUAUGAUGGAGAUUAAGGUUGUGCUUGCGAAGGUAUUGUCCAAGUUUACUGUCGAAGCCACGCGCCCGCUGCAAGAGCUGGAGAUGACGUUUGAUAUUGUUCUUAAAGCCAAAGGAGGACUGCCUGUGUUGUUCCGCAAGCGCAAUCAAACAUGAAUAAAAUUUAGAACACUUUGACAAAAUGGAAGACGCUUUAUACGGGGGG